GCUGCGUUUGAGUAGUAAUUACUAAAAAUGUUGUGCAAAGCCGUGCUAUUCGUGGCACUACUGGGCGCUAUCGGCGCCCUACCCACCGACGGCCCGGUCGACUACAGCCACCAUAAGAUCGUCAAAAUCCUACCCAAACGUUACGGCGAUUUGCAGCGACUUCAUCGACUCAAAGAUGUCUUCGACACAAAAGUGGACUUCUGGAACCCGCCGGUGGCCGACAUGAGGCCGGUGCUGACGCUGGUGGGCCCGGACAGCGGCUACCAGUUCUUGAGGUCGUUGAACGCCUCCCGCAUACCGUACGAAGUGGUGGCCAACAGCUUCCAGAAGGUGAUCGACAACGAGAGGGCGGAGAUGAGGGCCCACCGGCUGUACAGUAGAGCCGGCUUUGAUUACGAGAAGACGUACCAUACCUACGAAGAGAUUGUCGCUGAGCUCACAUCCAUAUCCAGCCCGAAAGCCAAGUACGCCAGCAUUGGUCAGACCUACCAGAAGCGAGACAUACCGUCUAUCACCAUCACCAACCCGGGCGGAAGCGGCAAAAAGGCUAUAUUUCUUGAAUGCGGAAUUCACGCCCGAGAAUGGGUGACAACAGCGGCCUGUCUGUGGAUCGCCAACGAGUUGAUCACCAAAACAGAUUACGACACCAUUUUGAACAAAUACGAAAUCAUUAUAGUGCCUACGCUUAACUCGGACGGUUACGUCUAUACGCACACCUCGAACAGGAACUGGCGUAAAACUAGGUCCCAAAACGGCCUGUGCUAUGGCGCCGAUCCUAAUCGAAAUUGGGACGCCUCGUGGUGCUCGGCUGGUGCGUCCAGUAGCCCGUGCAGUGACACCUACUGCGGAACGGCAGCCUUUUCCGAGAUUGAGGCCAAAAAUAUGGCCGCUUUGGUGACGGCUAAGCGCGGUAAUGUCGCCGCCUAUUUCUCGGUGCAUAGCUAUAGAUGUCUAAUAGAUUAG